GCACAGAACACACCUCCCUCCCACCACAAGUUUGACCGAUCUCUCUCACACUGUCACCGUAGACUCUCCACCGUUUCACCACCGGCUGCCUCAUCCAGGCAUGGCAGACGGCUUUACCCCAUCAUGGCAGUGCUUCAUUAUACCCUUGACUUCAAGCUCCGCGCGCCAGCUGAUGUUUCUGUGACUGUGUGUGGCCUGCAGUCUAUAUUUCAAGAGCAGGAAAUGACAGAGACUGUCCAUGAAUCGGAGGGACAUGGAUAUUUGGCCACCUUCAUUGGCAAGAAUGGCAGGUUUGCCAUACUACGAAUGCACACUCAUGGUCUGGUGACCUUUGACCUGCAGUGUCUGGAAGGGGAUGAUGUAGCGCAAGUGGAAAAUCUACUGAAUGCACUGGAGAAGAAAUUCAAGGCUCUCCUGAAUGGAAAUGUCCAAAGGAUCAAGAGACUCCCUGCGCUGAUUCGAGGCAGUGAUGUGGACAGAUACUGGCCCACUGCUGAUGGCAGGCUCAUGGAGUAUGACAUUGAUGAAGUUGUGUACGAGAAGGAUUCUGAUUACCAGAACAUCAAAAUCUUGCACUCACAGCAGUUUGGCAAUAUGCUCAUCCUUAAUGGGGAUGUCAAUCUGGCAGAGAGUGAUUUGCCCUACACUCAGGCCAUUAUGGGCAGUGGCAAAGAGCACUAUGCUGGGAAGGAGGUACUUAUUCUGGGAGGAGGAGAUGGUGGAAUUCUCCAUGAAGCAGUGAAGCUCAAACCAAAGAUGAUCACCAUGGUUGAGAUUGACAAGCUGGUGAUUGACGGAUGUCAGAAAUACAUGAGGAAGACAUGUGGGAACGUUUUAGAUAACUUGAAGGGAGAUUGUUACGAGAUUUUGGUACAGGACUGUGUUCCAGUACUUAAAAAGUUUUCUGAACAAGGGAGGACGUUUGAUUACGUGAUCAAUGACUUGACCGCUGUCCCUAUUUCCACAGCACCUGAGGAGGACUCAACAUGGGAAUUCUUGAGGCUCAUUCUUGACCUUUCUAUCAGAGUUCUGCGACCUGGUGGGAAGUACUUCACACAGGGUAAUUGUGUGAAUCUGACUGAUGCACUCAGUGAAUAUGAGAAGCUUUUGGGGAGACUUUCAUGCAAAGUGGACUUUUCCAAAGAGGUGGUGUGUGUGCCCUCAUAUAUGGAGCUGUGGGUGUUUUACACCAUAUGGAAGAAGUAAUGUCUCUUCCUCUUUCACUCUCUCCUCCCAAGUCCUGCCGGAAUGUGAAGACUUCUCCCUCAUCCUCUGAUGCACUGAGGGGGGACAAGCACAUAUCUCUCCAAGCACUGUUUCUACUGUCCCUUUACGUCCAAAAAUUAACAGACUUCCCAUUUUUUUGACAUGGCUAUUUGCUUUUUGUGUUUGCAAUUACACUGAGAUCAUAUUUUCGUUAGUUUGUUUGCCAGUGGUGGUUUGAUGUAGUUUGCAUGGGGCCCCCAGGGUGCGCUUUAGUGCAGUGUGUGAGUGGACACUGCUGAUGUUACUGAAGGCCUGGAGGGUGGUGAAGCAUCAGGGCUUACUUAGUUCUGACUCCUUCCUUUGAGGAUGGGCUGUUGCUUUUUUUGAGUCACACAGAACAGCAGAGACCAAUAGCUCUUUUGAUUCUGAUUUUACAAUGCUCUUUGUUUUACUGUAGUUCCACUAAUUCUUCUAUUUUUAUUUUUAUUUGCCUUUUGUGUUUGAAGUUUUUGCAUUCUUUUGUGGCUUGAGUGUGAUCUGAUUCAUGGUCCUUCAUGGGGAUUUUAAAGGCAGUGUUGCAUUCUGGGAUUGCACCAGAUGGUCUCUUCUUCUAAUGAAGCAGAAGCUAAAUAUGUCUUAAAAGGGAAAAAUGUUCCUGCUGUGGCAAUUUUCAUUGUUUUUUUUUUUUUUUUGUUGUUUUUUUUUAACUGAAUGUUUAAUUUUUUUAUGAUUAGCACAAACUAGGUUCAGAGUAGGUUUCCCUACUUCAUGUUGUUUUUGCGUUGACAUUUUUUUCUAGUGACUGAAUGUAGGCCCCUUAGGUUCAUGACUUUUAUCAUUACAGUGGUGAUUCAUUUAAAUUAUUUAUUUGAUUUUAUUUCACCAGUGAUUAUAUUACCUAUGGUCCUGCCCUGAAAAACAACUUCUGUUAAUGAGAGUGAUAAUUAUCUAUUAAAGCAGUU